UCCCACCGUCUUCUACACCACCUGCGUUGGUUACUUCUGUUUGGUGUUUCUUCUGAACGUGGCCAUGUUCAUCGUGGUGAUGCUGCAGAUCUGCGGCCGUAACGGCAAACGCAGCAACCGCUCGCUGCGAGAGGAGGUUCUGCGAAACCUGCGGAGCGUCAUCAGCCUCUCCUUCCUGCUGGGGAUGACGUGGGGCUUCGCUCUGUUCGCCUGGGGACCCGUGAGCCUGGCCUUCAUGUACCUCUUCGCCAUCUUCAACUCCCUGCAAGGUCUGUUCAUCUUCAUCUUCCACUGCGCCCUGAAAGAAAACGUGCAGAAGCAGUGGAGGAGAUACAUGUGCUGCGGUCGAUUCAAGCUGUCGGACAACUCAGACUGGAGUAAGACGGCCACCAACAACACCAAGAAGGUGAGCUCAGAAAACCUGGGCAUGUCUCUGUCGUCCAGCUCGUUCGGCUCCAGCACCGCUAACUGGACGUCCAAAGCUAAAGCUACGCUCAACCCGUUCACCAAGCGACACAGUAACACAGAAACCUCUUCCAGCCAAUAGCAGGAGAGGAGGACUGACAGGUAA